CCGCGGGCGAUGCGCCCCUGAGUUCAAGUCCCGCGGAGCCCAGCCACCCGAGCAAAGUGGGGGGGUUCCCCGAGGCCACGGAGGCGCCGGCGGCAGGAGCGGGACCGACCCGGGAGAGAGCCGGGCCCCCGGGAGCUGCAGGAGCAGGAGGCAUGUUGCAGAACGUGAACCCCAACGGCAAGAUCCUCGGGGAGGGCAAUGCGGGCCUCGUGGGGCUGGCGGUGGAGACCGCGCCGGGGAAGCGCAUCCGCAAGCCCUCGCUGCUGUACGAAGGCUUCGAGAGCCCCACCAUGGCUUCCGUCCCGGCCCUCCAGCUGGCCUCCUCCAACCCGCCCCCUCCGGAGGUCUCCAACUGCAAGAAGCCAGGCCGGGUCACCAACCAGCUGCAGUACCUCCACAAGGUGGUGAUGAAGGCCCUUUGGAAACACCAGUUCGCCUGGCCCUUCCGCCAGCCGGUAGAUGCCGUCAAGCUGGGCCUGCCGGACUACCACAAGAUCAUCAAGCAGCCGAUGGACAUGGGGACCAUCAAGAGGAGGCUGGAGAACAACUACUACUGGAGCUCGGCGGAGUCCAUGCAGGACUUCAACACCAUGUUCACCAACUGCUACAUCUACAACAAGCCCACGGAUGACAUCGUCCUGAUGGCCCAAACUCUGGAGAAGAUCUUCCUGCAGAAAGUGGCCCAGAUGCCUCAGGAGGAACAGGAGAUUGUCAUCACGGUGGCCAAGAACAGCCACAAGAAAGGGGCCUCCCGGGCUGCAGCGCUCCAGGCGGCAGCCAGUGCCACCGCCCACCAAGUCCCUGCCGUCUCUUCCGUCUCCCACACGCAGCUCUUCCCCACCAGCACGGACAUCCCCACCACCAUUGUCAGUAUCCCCCACCCCUCCGUCAUCUCCACGCCGCUCCUGAAGCCCCUCCACGCCACGGCCGCCUCUCAGCCCGUCCUGGCGGUGCCCGCCCCUGCCCCGCCCGCGGCCAAGAAGAAGGGCGUGAAGCGGAAAGCGGACACCACCACCCCGACCCCCACGGCCAUCAUCGCCACCAGCGGUGGGGAGUCCUCCCCUUCGGCCACGGUGCUGGAGGUGAAGGCGGCCAAGAUCCCCGCCCGGCGCGAGAGCGGGCGCCCCAUCAAGCCCCCCCGCAAGGACCUCCCGGACUCCCAGCAGCACCAGACCUCCAAGCGCGGCAAGCUCUCGGAGCAGCUCAAGUACUGCAACGGCAUCCUCAAGGAGCUGGUGUCCAAGAAGCACGCGGCGUACGCCUGGCCCUUCUACAAGCCGGUGGACGCCUCGGCCCUGGGCCUCCACGACUACCACGAGAUCAUCAAGCACCCCAUGGAUCUCAGCACCAUCAAGCGCAAGAUGGAGAACCGCGACUACCACGACGCGCAGGAGUUUGCGUCCGACGUGCGGCUGAUGUUCUCCAACUGCUACAAGUACAACCCUCCCGACCACGAUGUGGUGGCCAUGGCUCGGAAGCUGCAGGAUGUCUUUGAGUUCAGCUAUGCCAAGAUGCCUGAUGAACCCCUAGACAUCAACCCCCCCUCCGCGUCACUCCCACAGCCGGGGCUCCUGGUGAAGUCCUCCACGGACGAGUCUUCCAGCGACGAAGAGGAAGAGGAGGAGGAGGAAGAAGGGGACGACGACGACAGCAGCAGUGAGAGCACUUCCGACAGCGAGGAGAGCUCCGACUCGGAGGAAGAGCGGGCCAACCGGCUGGCGGAGCUGCAGGAACAGCUGCGAGCCGUGCACGAGCAGCUGGCCGCCCUCUCCCAGGGACCAGUCUCGAAGCCCAAGAGGAAGCGAGACAAGAAAGAGAAGAAGAAAAAGAAGAAGUCGGAGAAGCGCAAGGCCAAAGGGGGAGACGAGGAAGCCCGGGCUCACCAGGCCCAGCUCAAGAAGUCGAAGAAGGCGGCGGGGGGCGGCGGUGGCGGCAGCAGCAGUUUGUCCCCCCCCUCCUCCAGGAACUCCAAGAGGGCCCUCCCCCCGCCCCUCCCCCCACUGUACGACUCGGAAGAGGAGGAGGAGAGCAAGCCCAUGACUUACGACGAGAAGCGCCAGCUCAGCCUGGACAUCAACAAGCUGCCGGGGGAGAAGCUGGGCCGGGUGGUGCACAUCAUCCAGUCGCGGGAGCCCUCCCUGCGCGACUCCAACCCCGAGGAGAUCGAGAUCGACUUCGAAACCCUCAAGCCCUCCACCCUGCGGGAGCUGGAGCGCUACGUCCUCUCCUGCCUGCGCAAGAAGCCCCGCAAGCCCUACAGCGAGACCUUGAAGAAGCCAGUGGGCAAAACGAAGGAGGAGCUGGCCCUGGAGAAGAAGCGGGAGCUGGAGAAGCGCUUGCAGGACGUCAGCGGGCAGCUGAACUCCGCCAAGAAGCCCCCCAAGAAAGCCGGAGUCGGCGCUGCAGCAGCAGCAGGGGGGUUGGUCUCCCGCCUGAGCGCCAGCAGCUCCAGCUCGGACUCCAGCAGCUCCAGCUCUUCCUCCUCGUCCUCCGACACGAGCGACUCGGACUCCAGCUAGGCGGCCACCGCUGCGG